CCGGCAUGGAGGAGGACGCGGCCUGCGACUCGACCUGGGACGACUCCGGGGCGGACAGCGACGGCUCGAGCGGCGGCGGCGGCGGGGGCGACGGGGGCGGCGGCCCGGGGGACUCGGACGGGGACGGGGACGAUGAGGCGGAGCGGGAGGCGCGGCCCGACGUGCUCCAGGCCAAGAAACCCCCUCCUCGGAACUUUCGAGCCAUGCGGGACACGGCCAGAUACCGGCACCACUACCCGGGUUUGGAGGAGAAAGAUGGCAGCAGCGAAAUGCCCAACCUGAGCUUCUACAAGAACGAAAUCCGCUUCCAGCCCAAUGGCUGCUUCAUCCAGGACAUUCUGCAAAACUGGAAGGAAGACUACGAGCAGAUGGAAGAUAACCACUCCUACAUCCAGUGGCUUUUUCCGCUGAGGGAACCUGGUGUGAACUGGCAUGCCAAGCCCCUCACACUACAGGAGAUCGAGGCCUUCAAGAGCUCCCCGGAGGUCCAGAAGCGGCUGAUCCAGGCCUAUGAGCUCAUGCUGGGCUUCUACGGGAUCCAGCUGGAGGACAGCACCACGGGUCGCGUGUGCCGGGCCCCCAAUUACGUGGCCCGCUUCCGGAACCUCAACUGGCACAGUCACAACAACCUCCGCCUCACACGCAUCCUCAAGUCCCUGGGUGAGCUGGGCCUGGAGCAACUGCAGGCACCACUGGUGCGCUUCUUCCUGGAGGAGACUCUGGUCCGAGGCCAGCUGCCCUCCGUGCGCCAAAGCGUGCUCGACUAUUUCGUCUUCACAGUGCGCUGCCGGCGCCAGCGCCGCCACCUGCUGCGCUUCGCCUGGAAGCACUUUAAGCCGCGCCUCCACUUUGUCUGGGCACCCCACAAACAGCUGCAGAGGCUGCGGUCAUCACCGCACCUGGCCCUGCUGGCCAGCGAUGCCUCCCAGGAAACUGAGGUUGGAGCUGCAGCUGCACUGGAGGAAGGGGCACGUCCAGGCUCCCUGGAAGAGGGGGCACACCAAGGCUCCCUGGAAGAGGGGGCACACCAGGGCUCCCUGGAAGAAGGGGCACACUCGGGCUCGCUGGAGGAAGGGGCACACCCGGGCUCGCUGGAGGAAGGGGCACACCCGGGCUCGCUGGAGGAAGGGGCACACCCGGGCUCACUGAAAGAAGAAGGGGCAUGCCCGGGCUCACUGAAAGAAGAAGGGGCACGCCCGGGCUCACUGCUCACUGAGGCAGACGCCCAGCAGAGAGACCAGGGCAGUGAGGAUGGGGCCCCUGAGCCAGCGCCCCCCAGCCCCAAGGAGAGCAAGAAGCGGAAACUAGAGGGAAGCCUUGAACAGGGCCCCCUAGGGCCAGGCACUUGCAGCAUCUCUGAUGUGGAGGGAAUUGUCCUGAACCUGGAAGGCUGUGCCCUGAGCCAGGGUGACCAACAGCCAGCGCCGGUGCCCAUGGACAGCCAGGCCCCUGGCGACAUGGUGGCGCAGCCCUGCCCACAGCCCUCCAGGACCAAGGAGGACGAUGAUGUGAGGAAGAGGAGGAAGAUAAGCUCCACCAGGAGUCCUGAGGAUUGCGAGGAUGAGGAUGAGGUGCAGGAGAAGGCUGAGGGCCAAGUCAGCCCCAGGCCAGGCACCCCCACAAGCCUUGUCGUGCAGGAGGACCCAGAUGUCCAGAAGCCUUAAGAGACCGGGGCCAAGGGCACACCAGGCCACCGCCCAUCUCUGGACCUGAACCACAGGCCCAAGGGGGCCAUUGCAUUGGUGCUGAGGCCUUUUCCAAAUAAAUGCCUCUACUCUGCUA